AUGGAUCCUUCAACCAGCCACACAGCUGAUGGAAUUAGUCCCUUCAAUGUAAAGGAAGAAACUAAACAUGUCCUUGAAGCUUUUUUGAAAAGAUCUUUAAGCAAAGAAGAUGGGAAGUAUGUUGGUCAUGUGGGACGUUCUUAUCAUGACCCUAAAAAGUACCGUUAUAGAUCCAUCCAAGAAGAUAGUAAUAAGUCACCUAAGAAAACAAGAAAACCGGAUAAAAAAAAGUCUAGAGAGACUGGGAAAGAAAAAGAGGAGAGAAGUCAAAGCCCACCAUUUGGAGAGUCAACUCGGGAAACAAAUGGUAAUUGGAAUUCCAUUCAUGAGGAGAUAAAUCGAGUGGAAGAAUCAAAACAUGGCUUCAAAACGAACAUUAAGAGACCUUUGAGAAAACACAGUCAGACAAAGGAGAAGGCAGCCCACCCAAAAGACUCUACUGGGAGCACUCAUAGCAAAUCCAGGGAUUCCAUUGAAAAUGUACUUGAAGAUCCUUACAAAGCUAGCAGUAAAGGGGAUUCCAUGAAACGCCCGAAACCAAACCUCCCUUUACUUGCCUGUACCACAGCCGGUUCUGUGGAAUCUUUAGCCCACGAUGAACAAAGUCGCAGGGACCUAGUUGACAAGCAUUCUUCACAGGGAACACAAAAGAAAAGCAAAGGAUUCUCACUUAAAUCACUGUUAAGGAAGAAAUCAAUGAAGGCUCAAGGCCUCGAGCCUCCUUCACCAGAAAGACCAAAGUUUUUACCGUUGCAGAACAGUUUUGAGAUGAAAUCAGGUAAAGAUGAUGAGUCUGAGAUUUAUAACCUGGCAGCUAAGAAGCUAGAAAAAUGGGUAAAACAGAAGAAGCUGAAGAGUCCUGUGGCUUCAGUCCAGCAUCCUGCUUUUCCCAGCCCUGUUAAUGUGAAACCUCAUGUAAUUGAAAACAAUAAUGUGGCAGCCAGUGAAAGUGCAUCAGAAGACAAGGAGGAGGUUAUUAAGAAACUGGUGGUACUGCUACAGGAGCAGGCAGUUGUUAUCAAUGAGAAGAUCAGCAGAGAUCCAUUCUUACGAAAUGCCCUUACCAGAAUGUCCUAUGGCAGCUUUUCUCGACUUGUGGAAGUUUUUACCAACCAGGCAGAGGUGUCGGCUGAAGAAGAUGGAGCAUCUGUGAGCUCUGAACUGACAAAGAUAGCUCUGACCAUGGAGUUAACCAGAAAAGUGGCUGGAAUCAACACCUACCCUGUGCAAACACUUAUGGGCUACAGCAUGCAAUACAUGGACAUGUUUGUACCGUGGCUACAGGAACAAGGCGGCUGGGAAAAUAUUGUUUCUCAUACAGAUAUACCAGAUCUCCAGAUAGAUUGAAGAGCCUCAAACUACAGUCUACCUCCAGGCUGCAAGAGACAGGAAGUUAAAUAAGUGUUGUCUUCCCAAUAUCCAGCAUACGCUAUUUAAUUUUUAUAUCUCACUACUGUUUUGAUAACAAGAAGAAAAAAAAAACUCUUGUCUCUACCAGCCAUGAAAUUGUGACUAUAAACUUGCCAGAAGUAUUUGGCAUAAGCAAAAGGUAGUGGACAAGUGAGCCCUCUGUGCUACUCAACUUCAGGAAAAAAGUAUAAAAGAAGAUUGCAAUGAUGUGAAUUUUUAAUACUGAUUUUUGUUUUAAAUAUUUUUUUUAAUUAUGUAAAUCAAAAUUUGAAUUGUGUCAUUAAUAUAACCGUUACAUUUUAAAGGAGUUAUUUAU